AACUGGCCCCAGAAAUUAUCUCACCAGGUGAAAGCAUGCGUGCAGCUUUCUGGGCAAGUUAAAGUGAUCGAAAAAAAAGUUUUCUGUGGAGGUCGGUAUAGUUGUGGUUGUGGGUAAGCAGCAGAGCUGCAGCUCUUCUCCCUGCUCCUCGGUCCCUGUGCCCAGUGGUGCUGAUGAGAGAGGAUUUGAGUCGCUUACUUUUCCACGCCCCGCCCCCAGUGAGAGAGCAGGGAUGGCAGUGAUGCAAGGCAUGCUUCUGAGGAACCUGCAGCCUAUCGGACCAGUGUGGAAUAUACUCCCCAUUUACAACUCACCAUCUGGUCUCCACCGCUCGACUGCUCCUGAGUUUGCUUUGAGGGCAUUUUAAACAGGAAACGGUCUCAAACGGCUUCUUUUUUCUUUUUGUUUUACAUUCCUUCCAUGAAUUUGACUGCAUUAUCUAUCAAAACUCUUCCAAAUGCUUAGCCUGCCAGUCUCGCUUUGCAUGCGAGUAUAGCCGGGGAUUUUCAUCCUGCGUCCAGGUGGUUUACGGGAAAAAAAAACAACACAGGGAAUAUUUUAUUUUUAAUGUGAUUAGGAGAUCCCUCUUCAUCUUUUGGAAGUGCGUUCACUAUUUGUUUUCCACAAUGGCUGAUGCUAACGCGGAAUGCAAUAUCAAGGUGUUGUGUCGAUUUCGUCCACUGAACAAGUCCGAAAUUAUCCGCGGAGAUAAGUUCAUCCCGAUAUUUCAAAGAGAGGACACUGUUGUCUUCGGGGGUAAGUCAUACGUGUUUGACCAGGUGUUCCCCGCUAACACAACCCAGGAACAGGUCUACAACGCCUGUGCCAAGCAGAUUGUCAAAGAUGUUCUGGGUGGAUACAAUGGCACUAUCUUUGCCUAUGGGCAGACCUCUUCUGGAAAAACACACACCAUGGAGGGAAACCUUCAUGAUCCUGAGGGAAUGGGAAUCAUCCCCCGGAUCUCAGAGGACAUUUUCGAACAUAUAUUUGCCAUGGAUGAGAACCUAGAAUUUCAUAUAAAGGUGUCCUACUUUGAGAUCUACAUGGAUAAAAUCCGGGACCUGCUGGAUGUGACAAAAACCAACCUGUCAGUGCAUGAAGAUAAACACAGAGUUCCUUAUGUGAAGGGCUGCACAGAGCGAUUUGUCACAAGCCCCGAGGAAGUGAUGGACGUGAUAGAUGAGGGGAAGGCCAACCGUCACGUUGCUGUCACCAACAUGAAUGAGCACAGUUCCCGCAGUCACAGCAUCUUCCUGAUAAACAUCAAACAGGAAAACGUGGAGACGGAGCAGAAGCUGAGUGGAAAGCUGUACCUUGUCGACCUAGCGGGUAGUGAGAAGGUCAGUAAGACAGGUGCAGAGGGAGCAGUGCUGGAUGAGGCCAAGAACAUCAACAAGUCUCUGUCAGCCCUGGGGAACGUCAUCUCAGCCUUGGCUGAUGGCACGAAAUCCCACGUGCCGUACCGUGACAGCAAAAUGACUCGCAUCUUACAAGACUCACUGGGUGGGAACUGUCGCACCACCAUGUUCAUCUGUUGCUCUCCCUCCAGCUACAAUGAUGCAGAGACCAAAUCCACGUUGAUGUUUGGCCAGCGAGCCAAGACCAUUAGAAAUACUGUAUCAGUGAACCUGGAGCUCACAGCAGAGCAGUGGAAGAAGAAGUACGAGAAGGAAAAGGAGAAGAACAGGUCAAUGAAGGAGAUCGUUCAAAGAUUGGAGGCUGAGCUGAACCGCUGGAGGAACGGUGAGGAUGUUGUGUUAGAGCACAUGAGCCCAGGAUCAGAGGACGUGCCUCUCGUACCUCCCGAAUCUGAGGAGCCGCUUCUCGACAUCUGCAGCCCCUGCAGCCCUUGCUCACUUGCCUCCUCCAUUGUGGUUCACAUCUCUGAGGAGGAGCGGCAGAAGUAUGAGGAGGAGAUCCGCAAGCUUUACAAACAGCUAGAUGAUAAGGAUGAUGAGAUCAACCGCCAAAGCCAGAUGGUUGAGAAACUGAAGGAGCAGAUGCUCGACCAGGAGGAGCUUCUGGCGUCAUCCAGGGGUGACAGUGAGAGGGUGCAGUCGGAGCUGGGCAGGCUGCAGACAGAGAAUGAAUCUGCUAAGGCUGAGGUGAAGGAAGUCCUCCAGGCCCUAGAGGAGCUGGCAGUCAAUUAUGACCAAAGGAGCCUGGAGGUGGAGGAGAAGAGCGUGCAGAACAAGCUGCUAGCUGAAGAGCUCGCAAAGAAAAUGGCUCACCUCAUGGCUUUAGAGGCAGAGCUGUCCCGUAUUCAGGAAGUGAGCAGCCACCAAAGGAAACGCAUAGCUGAAAUUCUCAACGGGCUGAUGAGGGACCUGAGUGAGUUCAGCUCCAUUAUUGGUAACAGAGACAUCAAGCUGCCCAUGGAGAUCACUGGUGUGAUCGAGGAGGAGUUCACAGUGGCUCGCCUGUACAUCAGUAAGAUAAAGUCAGAGGUGAAGUCCAUGGUGAAGAGCUGCCGCCACUUGGAAAACCUUCAGAUGGAGUGUCACCGCAAGAUGGAGGAGACAGGCAGAGAGCUGUCCUCAUGUCACCUCCUUGUUUCACAGCACGAGGCAAAGAUCCGCUCUCUAACGGAGUACAUGCAGAUUGUGGAGCUGAAGAAGAGACACCUUGAGGACAGCUACGACUCUCUGAGCGAGGAGCUGGCCAAGCUCCAAGCUCAAGAGAGCAUGUCACAUGUGACCAGGGGGGAAAAUCACUCACCUGUCCAGGAUUCCUGUGAUAUAAAGAGGGCUCUGGAGCAGCAGAUGGAGUCACACCGUGAGGCGCACAGCAAACAGCUUGGCCGCCUGCGAGACGAGAUCAAUGAAAAGCAGAAGAUCAUCGACGACUUAACUGAUUGUAACCAGAAGAAGCAGCUGGAGUUGGAUCAAUUACGCUGUGACUUUGAACGUCUCAGGAGCCAAGAGCGUCACAAGAGCCGGCAGCUGGAGGAACUGACAUUUCUCCAUGAACGACAUGAGCAGUCAAAGCAGGAUCUCAAAGGGCUGGAAGAGACUGUUGCUCGAGAGCUCCACACCCUGCACAACCUCCGCAAGCUUUUUGUUCAAGACCUCACGACUCGAGUUAGAAAAAGUGCCGGAAUGGAGCCUGAUGAUAGCGGGGGAUAUAUCACCCAGAAACAGAAAAUUUCCUUUCUUGAAAACAACUUGGAGCAGCUUACAAAAGUACACAAACAGCUGGUACGUGACAAUGCAGAUCUGCGCUGUGAGCUUCCAAAAUUGGAGAAACGUCUUCGGUCUACAGCUGAGCGAGUUAAGGCGCUGGAGGGUGCACUGAAGGAGGCGAAGGAAGGAGCCAUGAAGGACCGCCACCGCUACCAGCAGGAAGUGGAGCGCAUCAAAGAUGUGAUGAGGACUCGCAAUCCGUUCCGCCGGCCCCAUGCUGCACUGAUAGCCAAGCCUGUCCGUCCUGGCCACUAUCCAGUGUGCCCUCCCACCAACCCCUUCUUCAUCCGAGACUACAGCGAUCACCCCGCUGCCUUCUGCAAAGCUGGUUUAUACAAUAGCAACAACCAAGAAGCAGAUGCUCCUGCUGUUGCUCCAGCAACACCACAGAGUGAUCCGAAGUUCCCUGAGACCAACUCCAACCAGAACAGUCCCACCAAACGCUCCGACUCCCAAAACAACGAUUCACACAACAAUGAUGUUCAGGACAACAUGCUUCCAGCUGAACCACUGAGCCAGGCGGACAAGAGCACUGCAGAGAUGCUUGAUUCAGAAAAUGGAAACACCACAGAUAUCAAUGACAACAGCAUGUGUCUGAAUGUGAAUUCUGUGUCCAGACCUGACGUCUGUGACAAUCAGGACCCAACCAGACUCUACAGCCUGCAGCCGGAGGCCUCAGCCAGCUAAUAGUACAGAGCAGGCAAACGUUUUUUUCUGAGGCGUCCUCUGUAAAUCUGCAUGCAGCUGAUCACUGUCCUCCCACCCUCUCUUCCCCGGUCCUCCCCUGCUGUAAACAGACCUCUAUCCCCCCUGAGCACCUUACUCUCCCCCCGCUUGCUCCUCUUCAAUCCUGUCUCCUUCCUUUGCAAUGAUGUGGGGUGAAUUUGGGAAUCAGUAGGAUCCAUGGCAAGCACUGCAUCUCAAAUACCUGGUCUGGCAGCUUAUGCCCAUACUUCUGCACACUCUCCCCCCAUGAGAGUGCUGUUGGUAACCACUAGGGUGUGCUGUAAAGCAUAAAUGCAGUACAUUCAGUCUUUAUUGUUCUUCUUAUUAUUGUUAAACAUGCAUCUGGAUCUGAAAUCUCCAAGUGAAGUGCGUUAAACAACAUAAAAACAGUGUGAACCCAGCUCACUUUAGUGAUAUCCAUACUUCUGACCAUGCAUGUUUUUGAUGUUGGUCUUCAGCUUUUCUCUGAAAAUACAUGGAAGAUAAAAAGACCUAGAGAGGCGAAAUUGUCAUGAAAUGUUUCAGUCCAAACGCCAGUGCAGGAGAAGCUCUGUACAUCAAAGUAAAUUGGUAAUUCAUUCUCAAAAAUGAGUAAAUAAGUAACUUUUCAAAAACAGGGUUAAUUGGACAAAAAUUGGACCAGUAUGUUUUUGAUGGAAUUUGUUCACAUUAAGAAAAAUAUAGAAUAUCACCAGAUUUUUAAGUUAAAGUGAGUUUGGAAACAUUUGGCUGUUUCAGUAUAAAACACAAAGCAAAAUGCAGGCUAAUUAUAAUGUGAAAACAGUGUCAGUAGUCAUAGUAACAAUAUCGUCCAAUAGUUUGUUUCAUGCAGGUUGCUGUUGGAACUUAUGUGGACCAACACCCACUGAACUAAAAACACACACAGACCUGCAGUAGCUGAAAUCUGGCCAGACUUUAAUUUAGACAUGAGACAAUUUCUCACAUUUGAACUUUUUUACUCAAAUGAAACAAAGGAAAAUUAAGUUUAUAUUUACAGUCAGUACAAUAUGUACUAUGUUCAUGAACAGUUUUUUAAUGGUACCCUUGGGGGAUAUAUUUAAAAAAAACUCCAUAUUCCUUUUUUGUUACAUUAAGAAAAAGAAAAAUAAUUUUAAAAAAUCCCAUAUACAAUAGUUGAUUCUAUCAAGUUUUUCAAUCAUACUUUUUGUUAAAAAAACAAAAAAAAAAACUAAAGCUUUUAAGCGGCACCACAUCACAGAAAGCAGAAAGAAACAUCAUGCUAAUUAAAGAAGUGGGCAAAGAAAGAAAGAAGUGUUUAAAAUAAAACAUUCAAACACUCAGUGGUUAACAUCAGCUGCCACAUGUUUGCUUUAUCUGAAGCAUGAAGUUAAGUCGAAAACACAUUAAAAAAAGAGACUGUGUCAUAACAGAGAGACUUUUAAGUUGUAAAAUAUCCCUCCAAAAGCCUCCUGUCAGGGAUUGUUUGUGACAUAUUAAGUCGUUGUCAUGUCAACCAACAGCAUGGCAGAGUGAAAAAAAGAAUUGUGUAGCAACUAUUUUUAUACUGUUAGUCCUACUUUAAAAGAAAUAUAUAUUAUUAUCAUUUGCUCUAUUUUAAAUCGUAUUCGUCAUUUAUUCUUAAUUUAUAGCAGUUGGUGAAUGUGAAGCGUUUGGAUUUCUUUUGAUGUGUAAAUGCAUCAUGUUGGUUUUGUUUCUUGCACUGCAGAAUGUUUGGAUUUCAGAUUUCAUUUCUGUCACUGAAUGAAAAUGUGUGCACGUGUUCAGCUGUCGCUCCAAUAUGGAUUUGUUAAGGAGAUGACUAACACUAUGGCUCUUCAUGAACCACCUCAGAUGGAAACCAAAGCCCUCAUUGUAAAGAGUCUUUCUCUGUUGUUGUCUAUAUAAGCUCUGACGAACACAUAAACCAGAGGUUACAGCAGGUUAUCAAGAGCUGACACAGCCCUGCCUUCUCCCUCUGACACACUCUCACAUAUCAGCCAGUUAGCUGUUUGACCUUUGACUCCAAAAGGCACAUCUUUUACAUAUCCUGUAUGACUUGGGCACAGUCUGAGGAGAUAAGUUGAUUGACUGCCGACACACACAGUGAAGCCCCUCAUACCAACAAGCUCUCUGUUAACCUCCUGAUCAGCCAGUCAGGAUGAGAGUCAAGGGUGACAGUGGAGGGACUGUAGCAUGUGUGCCUGUCUGUCAGUGCGUGGGUGUGUGUGUGUGUGUGUGCGUGCGUGAGUGUGCGUGCUUUGGGAGGGAACAGGAGCUGUAUCCUCUCAGCAGGUUCUCUUACUCUUUGACUUUUCAGUUUAACAGGACCAGUAACGCUUUAGAUUGCAGCCUUUUUACUGUGCAAAUAUUUUGGGGUAUCAAUGAAGUACUUACUCGCUAAGCACGAGAGAAGAAGUUCAUAAGGAGGAUACACUCAUUUUUACUAAGUAUGAAGAAUACAUUUAAAAUUUAGUAUAAACAUAAAUACACAUAAAACAUAAAAUUAUGAAACAGAUUUUCGGAGUGCACAGGUAAAAAGCCUGGUACACUGGACAACAAACUGAAAGUCUUUCAAUAAACGUAAGAAUUGAGUUUGUUGUAUCUGUUUGUCUCCAUCAUCGUUUACAACACGACAAUGUGACAGGACCUAAAAGCUGCUCUACGUUCUCCUCUAACAUCACUUUUGAAAACUUUUGAUCGCCAUGUGGGGCUUGCAUUGCACACCUGAACUACUGAUAUUUUAUCAUAAUUUUAAAAACAGAGAUACAUGAUGAAUUUAUAGCCAUAGCUGUGAAGGUACACACAAGCUUAGCCUAAUGUUUUGUUCCCCAGUGACAUGUUAUAUUGAAGACAACAAUGAACUAUAUCAAAAAUAAUAUUCUGUAUGUGUAUAUUUUUUUAAUUCAAUUUCCCAAAACUAAUUGUUUUUGAAACUAUCAUAUUUCACAGUCAGUGAUACCAUAACCUGUUUCACAGAAGUGUUUUCACCGUUGCCCCCUUUUCUGUCUUAGAUAUUUUGUCUUCCUCCCCAUAUUAUUUUUUUGGUACCCAUGAUAUAAGCGAUUAAAUUGUAAACUGAGCUGUAAUCUAAAGCGCUAUGAACAAAUCCCUCUUUUCUGAGGCUUAUCACAAACUCAUGCAGCACUUUUCUUUAAGCUGUCCCUCUUUGUUCGCCUUUACAGUGAAUGCUGCAGUUGUUAAGUCUGACUUUCUCCAAAAAGUGAAAAGGUCAUUGAACUUUACAUUAUCACUGAGGCUGAAUGUGUGUGUACACAACCUAUAGAAACCAUGAGCUGAAUGUGAACGUGAUUGACAAAAAAAAAGUCAGUCUGCUGGUUAUUAAUGAAGACCACACAGAAAACAAGAGUUCUCCUGACAUGCACUGUGGUUGUGUACUGAGCUGUAAAUGGUUGGAUGACUGAAUGCAGAAUUUAUUUUCAGUCUUAUUGUUCUGUUUGUCUUACAGUAAUUAUAGCCAAUCUAAAACUAUUCUGGCAAGGUAAAUAAUAUGUGAUACUGUAGCCUAAAUAUGCAGAAAUCAAACUCCUCACAAGAAUGGUAGGGUGGUUUAAAAAAAAAAUAACAGAGGCAAAAUGUUUGUGUUUGUUUGUACAUUUGUGUGUUGGUUGGUUUGUUUAUAGCGUGUGAUUUAGUGCAUGCAGUGCUUUAUUAUGUAGCUGCUGGAAAUCAGUACUGUUAUCUCAUGACCCUGCUUCCAAUAAAGAUGAUCCUGUGUACAUAUCAGUAUUACACUGUGUUGUUAUUGCUCUGCUCCUUUAAUUAUGCACGCUUUUUGCCCCAAAGCAC